GCGUUGGGUGCGCCGACAGAUCAGGUGGUCCCCUUGGCGGGAGAGGAUGCGUGCCAUCAAGCAUGUCAUGGAUCCUGUCAUGGACUUGCUAAGGCGGAUGGACCGUGGCGGGCAGUUCAUGUCCCUCGGUGUAGAGUGGACUCGGGAUCCUGCACGCCUUGUGCGGGACGCUUGCAUUCCUCUUGGCCAGUCGUUUUCUGACCGUAUCAUGAGGCGUGUGCAGGCCCGUAUACCGCACAUGAUGGAGCCCGCACACUGCGCCGCAUUCUUACUGAACCCCCGUCGUCGGAAUGUUCAGUACUUCUCCGCGGAGCUCGACCGGUACCACACUUGGCUUGUUCGACAAGCCAAGAGGUAUCUGUUGUCUCAGACGGGCCACGACGAGUCGGGUGGUCGUUACCUUGAGGUAUGUGGACAGUUCGAGGACUUUCACAUGCAGCAGGGUAGGUAUGGGUCUUGGAGCGGGGCAAAGGGCCGCGCUCGAGCGUGUAGUUGCAGCGGAGACUGCGAGACGGAGUGUGCAUCGUGGUGGUCUCAGUACGGGGGAGACGCGCCCGAUUUACAGCAUUGCGCUCUUCGUUUGAUGCACAUGUGGUCCUGCGCCUCUCCAGCGGAGAGGAACUGGGCGGUCCACGAGGGCAUCCAUACGAAGAAGCGUAAUCAGUUGGCCUUAGAGAAGGUCAUUCAUCUUGUUGAGAUCACCGCAACUGUGCGGUUGAUGGAAUAUAGACGUGCAGGUUGUGGAUACGUCCUCCCUUGGCAGCGAGACGAGGGCAUGCUUGACGCUAAGGCGGGAUUGGACAUGGAGCCUGUGCGCUCGGGGACGAGGAGUGGGAUGACAAGGGAGGAGAUCGAGGAGCAGGCUGCCCUCGUUGCGUGCGAUCCCAUUGGGUCUUCUGCGCCGCCCCCUGUUGAGUCUGUUUUCGGUGCUCGUGCGACUAUCUUCCACCCAUACCCCAGGGACGAUGACUCUGCGGACGAGAGAGAGUCGGAAGCAGCGGACGACCCGAUGCUUCCCAUCCCGCGUGAGAUUGAUGAGUUGCACGAGGGGGGCGACGUGCGUGACGAGAGGAUGCACACCGCACGGAGGGCGGCAGACCAGCGAGACAUGGAUAUGAUGGGGGGCGAGGAGUUUUGGGGAUCUUUCGGGGGCACGGAGGAGAGAUCACCCACUGCCGCGCGGGAGGAUACGCGUCCUCGCACGACCUUGCGGGAGGAGACGCCUGCUCCCAUGACUGCGAGUGAGGAGCCGGGUCCUGCCACGACAGCGCGGGAGCGGACGACUGUUCCGUCGACCGCGCGGGAGCGGACGGCUGUUUCGUCGACCGCGCAGGAGCAGACGCCUGGUCCCACGACCACGCGAGAGCAGACGAGUAUUCCCGCUACGCAGUCCGGACCCUCGUCCCCGUCGCCUCUUUCGCGUCAUUCCAUCCCAGGAUUCCCAGCAUCUGCUCCGCCCGCUCCCGUUCGGCAUGACGAGCGCUCACAUGCACCGGUUGGGAGGGAGGACUUGGGAUCCUCGUUGCGCAUCCGCGGGGAUGGAUCAUUGUUUAGCAUAGCCCGUCAGCUCGUUUUGGACCCGCGUGCAUCGAGCGACUUGGGGGAGAUGGGUGCCGCUUUGGCAGCAGCAGCACGUGCUGUGCGUAACCAGACUUCGCGCAGGAGCGAAGUAGCUCGUACAAGUUCCAUGCCUCAGAUGAUGCCUGCCACGAGGGAGGAGUCUUCUGGAGCCGAGGGGUUGGAGAUGCCGCGCGGUUCUCGUCGUGAGAAGAUAGUCGCAGAGGUGACUCAGCCUGCACGUGAGGAGGCCCCACAUGAGGGUGACGAGUACAGGGACGACGAGGAGCGUGGGGAGGAGGAGAGCGACAGCGGGGAUGAUGACAGCUACCACGACGACGACGACGAGCCCUCCCCUCCACCGCGGCAUGGUUCUCGUAGACGACGUGGCUCUCGUAGAGGACAUGAUGACGUAGACGACCCGUCCCCUCCAGGGCGGCGGGAGACGAGGAGUCGGAGGAGGCGAGGAUCAUCCGUUGCAACAGCGCCGGGGCGAGGGAGUGUUUCGUCGACACGCAGCACGAGUGGGGUGAGGCAGAGAGGCAGUGGUAAGGGGAAGGGAAGUCGAUGGUAUUGACAGCUUCGUUCCCCUUCCAGUGCUUCCACGAC